CAUCAGAUACACAGAAGGAUUAGUGGCAGCAAAACGUAAACACAACCUAGUUCGACAGGAUGGGCCUGACGAUUUCCAGUGUGUUGACCCGGUUGUUUGGCAAGAAGCAGAUGCGUAUAUUGAUGGUCGGGCUUGAUGCUGCCGGUAAAACGACGAUCCUGUACAAGCUGAAGCUGGGCGAAAUCGUUACCACCAUUCCGACGAUCGGUUUCAACGUAGAAACGGUCGAGUACAAAAACAUCUGCUUUACCGUGUGGGACGUCGGUGGCCAGGACAAGAUUCGGCCGCUGUGGCGCCAUUACUUUCAAAACACGCAGGGACUCAUCUUCGUAGUAGAUUCAAACGAUCGCGAGCGUAUCGUGGAAGCGGAAAAGGAGUUGCACAGUAUGCUGCAGGAGGACGAACUGCGCGACGCCGUACUACUGGUGUUUGCGAACAAGCAGGAUCUUCCUAAUGCAAUGACGGCUGCUGAACUGACCGAUAAAUUGCACCUGAAUCAGCUACGGAACAGACACUGGUACAUUCAAGCGACUUGCGCCACCCAAGGCCACGGACUGUACGAAGGGUUAGAUUGGCUGUCAAACGAGCUGGCCAAAAAGUGAUGAUAAUCUGGUCCAUGUUGACCACGCUGUGCCGGAAAGGUUUAUUUUUUAAGACGCUGGUGUA